AUGGCGCUCCUGCUCGCUCUCGGCGCCACCAGAGGGGCAGCCGCAGCCGGCGCAGCAAGCACCAACUCCACCAACAACAACAACUGCAAGACGACGCCCACCGAUGCCUCCUGGCCUGCACCCGACGCCUGGGCCGCGCUGAACACCACGCUUAACGGGCGCCUGAUCCAGACCGUGCCGGCCGCAGCUGUGUGCUACGGCGCCGACAACAUCCUCACUAAUACCACGGCGUGCCAGGCCGUCAGUGCCAAUUGGUCCUCCUCUAUUUUCCAUGCCGCUCUCCCCGAGAGCAUCGACUACCCGCUCUAUGCUAACGAGUCGUGCCUCCCGCCCGGCGCGUCGGGCUAUGUGGAGGGUCGGGGCUGCUCGCUGGGUGGCUUGCCCGAGUAUGUGGUUGAUGCGAAGACGGAGGAGGACGUUGCUGCUGCGAUGAAGUGGGCGGCCGAGAAGGGGAUUCGAGUCGUAGUCAAGGGGACUGGGCACGACCUUUCGGGCAGGUCUAGCGGUGCCUUCGCCCUCUCUAUCUGGACGCACAACUUCCUGGCCCUCUCACGCGACACAGCCUGGCGCGUCCCGGGCACCAACACCACCGAGGACGUCUUCAUCGCCGGCAGCGGCCACGGCUGGGGCGACGUCCUGAAUUUCGCCCUCCAGCACAACCGCGUCGUCACCACGGGCCAAGACCCCAGCGUCGGGCUCGGCGGCUACAUCCAGGGCGGCGGUCACGGGCCCCUCAGCAGCUACUACGGCCUGGCCGCGCACCAGGUGCUGCAGAUGCGCGUAGUGACAACCACAGGCGACGUGCUCGUCGCCGACGACAUCCAUAACUCCGACCUCUUCUGGGCUCUGCGCGGCGGCGGCGGCGGCCAGUACGGCGUCGUCACUCAGUACGUCAUCCGCCAUUUCCCGGAGCCGGCUCAUGUCAUGAUGGGUACGCUGCAGAUGAUGCCGCGCAGCGGGAGCGAGGCCGCAGCCAACGCUUCCUGGAACGCGGCCGUGGAGCUGUACCGCGCGGUGCCGGACAUGGUUGACGCGGGGCUGACGGGAUCGGCGACCAUGUCGACGGGCAAGACGGCGAGCAAGUUCGCGCAGAUGGAUGGUGACAUCGGCGACGGUGUCGUGAUAACGCAGGUUUUAUUCGCGUACAACAUGAGCGCCGACGCCAUGACGGGGCUCGUCGACCCCGUGGUCAAGGACAUGCUCAGCCACGGCGCCAACGACUCGAUCAAGGUGGUGUGGUCGCCCGGCGCACCGCAGAACUACUCGGCCUUCUUCGACGCCAUCUCCGGCAGCAACGUUGCGGGCGCGCAGAGCCUGAUGUCGAGCCGGCUGCUCGGACGCGCCGAGCUCAUUGACACGCCGCGCGAAGUCGUCGGAGGCUACCUUCGCCGCCUACUUGCCUCGCAGGCGCCGGGCGCGGGCACCUACUCGACCAUCGGGCUGCAGGGUGGGCCCGGCGUGCACGGCGUCGAGGCCAAGCGCUGGGGCGCCGUCAACCCUGUCUGGCGCAACGCGUAUCUGCACUUCAUGGCCGGCGGCGCGGACAUGGAUACCGAGGCGGAUGGAGCGGCCGGCGCGCUGGACAAGGCCGCGCAGUGGGUUGAGGAGACGAAGGAGAAGACGUGGCGGGAGUGGGCGCCAAAGACGGGCGCGUAUAUGAAUGAGGCGAAUCCGUUUAACCAGGAGUUUAAGCAUGACUUUUAUGGCGAGAGCUAUGAGAGGCUGUUGAGCGUUAAGAGGAAGUAUGAUCGGUCGGAGAGCUUGUUUGUGUUGAGCGGUGUUGGGAGCGAUGCGUGGGAGUAUGACUUGAGCUCGGGCAAGCUGUGCCGGAAGGAGUAGGUUGUUUUGAGUGCUGGUGGCUCAUGACUGCCUCGGGGUACUGCCGUUGUGGGCAUCUUUGGUGUGAGGUGGAGCUUUUUAGAUGUAUAGAAAAUGCGGAUGUUAAUUGGAG